AUGUAUCUCCGCAGCUGGGAGUCGUUCGCCUCGCAGGCCGAGGAGCUGUACAGGAAAGACCCCCUGGGCACGCGCUACCUCAUGAAGUACAGGCACUGCGACGGAAAAUUGGAGCUCAAAGUCACGGACGACAGGACGUGUCUGAAAUUUACGACAGACCAGCAGUCUGACCUGCAAGCCAUCGAGCGAUUUAACAACAGAUUCUUUGCGCUGAUGGCACGGGGAGUGGAGGGUGCCGAUUCCAUGGAUCCCAAGGAGGUCGAGGCAUCGACUCAGGCGGCGGUGCCACAGCAGCACAAAGGAAGGAAACAGAGGCGAAGAGGAUAA